AUGAGUGGUAAGACCUACAUCGUCGAGCACCUCGACCCAGAACUAGGCCCCUGGUCAGAGCUCGAGUAUAUCGCCAUCGCAAAAGAGUCCCUAGAGAACGGUAGCAGCUUCACGCUGUCAUCCGUUUCGCCAAAAUUCAAGGUCCCUGGCUCCCUGGAUGCCAUACCCACCUUCACGGCGACCCAGAGCAGCGUCGAGGAUAUCUACGCCUCGUCCAAGAACACCGUAUGCCUGCUCGAUCCGGCGGCUGAGAAGGAUCUCUCUCCAGAAGAUGCGCAGGAGUUUGAAACUUUCCUGUUUGGCGGCAUAUUAGGUGAUGAUCCUCCAAGAGAUCGAACCUCCGAGUUGAGGAAGAAGGGCUUUCCCGGACGACGCCUUGGUCCGGUGCAAAUGACCACAGACACGGCGGUCCGUGUCACUCGGAUAGUCAUCCAGCAGCAGAUCCCACUCAAUGAGAUCCAGUACCUGGAUCACCCGGAUCUGAAAAUCAACGACCAUGAGAGCACCCAGAUGCCCUUCAGAUAUGUCAAGGGUGAAGAUGGACAACCCAUCAUGCCAAAGGGAAUGAGGGAACUCAUUGCGAAAGAUGCAGACAAGGCCAUCGAUGAUCUAUUCUAGAUAGAAUCGAAGCUCCCUACCUAUAAGCCCUUCAUAAUUUUUUCAAAUAUACCAACGCCCUCAAUGCCCAGUCCCGUCCCCACGCCUACGAAACUGGCACCUACAGCCCUCAUCCUCUUGUAGCCAGCCGUGUCGAGGACACCACCCGUCCCAAUGAUCUGAAUAUGCCUCAAGCGACAACCCUCCACGUCGUGCUCGUCAAGCCGCUUCCGGAUGUUCCUCACGUUUCCUAGCGCCAGAGGGUGAAGCGGUGCACCGGCCAUCCCCCCGAUUCCAGCACCUGGCAGGGCCGCCUCUCCAGCCGCACCAGCCUCCGCGUGUGACAAGACCAGGCACGAGCCCAAGGUGUUGGUCGCGGUGAUGAACGAGACAGGACAGAUACCGUCCUCCUCCGCUGAUACUUUCAACGCUAGCAGCAGCCCAUCGUACUCGCUGGCCUGCGUGUACGGUGGCGUCUUCAGGCCAUACGG